AUGGCCCAUGUCGCGUCCGAAAACCAAAUGGGGACCAGCCAUGGGUUGUUGUCGUUGUCCCGACAGGGCGGAAACCACUUACAACGCAUUUCACAACGCAGAAACGGUGGAUGUAUUGAAGCCAUGGUGACGAUUUUAAAUUACCGAAAAAAGCCUGAGGUACCAGCUCGUACAGCACUGAUACUCGUUGAGGAUGGAUGCUACCCGGCUAUCCUGGCUCUAUAUGGCUUCCUUGGACUCUCAUUUCCGCCAAUACAGGGCCUGACAUACGGACAUAGCCUGACCUUCCUUAGAGGCUCCCCGCACGAAGCUAUAUAG